GGCAACAAAUAUCCAAUGAGGACGGACAGAGGAGAGCAAAGUUGUUCGAAAUUGAACAGAGAUACGGGUGCGUGGGGAAAGAUGAAUGGGGGAAAGGAACCGGCAGUACCGUCGUCGUCGUCGUCGGAAAACCCUAACAAUACCAACAGUGGCGAACACGGCGAUGAAGAGAAAACUCGCACUCUCGUCAGAUUAUCUUCUCGCAACGCUUCAUCCAAAUACGACUUUGUCAAGGUUAAGGUAUGGUUGGGAGAUAAUGCGGAUCACUACUACGUCCUAUCCAGAUUUUUGCUCAGCAGAACGUUGACCGUUACUAAGAUUCCAAAUCAUGUUGCCAUAAAAAUUGCUCUUGAACUGAAGAAGUUGCUCAUUGACAACAGCCUCCUUGAUGUCUCUCAGUCUGAUUUGGAAGCUAAUCUGUUUAAGCUUAUGGAGCGGAGGGGUUAUGGGGAAGAGUACAUAAAUCGUUACAAAAUGAUGACCAGAUUUCACCAUCAAAGAGUUCCUCUGGUAAUUCUUGUGUGUGGAACUGCAUGUGUUGGGAAGUCAACCAUAGCAACCCAACUUGCACAAAGGCUAAAUUUACCCAAUGUCUUACAGACAGAUAUGGUGUAUGAAUUGCUGCGCACAUCUACAGAUGCACCAUUGGCAUCUACUCCUGUAUGGGCACGGGAUUUUGGCUCUUCUGAGGAAUUAAUUACAGAGUUCUGUAGAGAGUGCAGAAUUGUUCGGAAAGGUUUGGCUGGCGAUUUGAAGAAAGCAAUGAAAGAUGGAAAGCCAAUUAUAAUUGAGGGAAUUCACUUGGAUCCAAGCAUUUAUCUGAUGGAUGAAGAAAAUAAAACACCACGUAAUGCAUCUACAAAAGUUGAGGUGGCAAAACCUGUACCUAUGACAAUGGAUGAUGACCCUGCAACACAAACAGGAAAUAGUCUUGCUAGUGAUUCUCAAAAUUAUACUGAAAGUAGCAACUCCUGUCCUGAGAAUGAGACCUCUGAAACAGUUGUACCUGUCGACCAGUUCAAUGAACCAUCUGAUCUAAUGAACUCUGUUGACCUUGUUGGAAAAGUUUCUGAGCAUCAAGGUGAAACUGUAAUACCUUUGAAAGAGCAAGGUACUACUGUUAAGAAGGAAAAACGUGGUGCUGAACCAAUAAUCAUUCCUAUUGUUCUCAAGAUGGCUGAAUUUGAUCAUAAGGCAUUGCUAGAAGAGUGGAUCUCAACUCGUACAUUCAGUGAUAAAUGUCCAGUACAGGAUAAAGAUGGACUAAUGAGCAAUUUGAAGAUCAUACAAGACUAUCUUUGCUCAUUCAAGUCGCAGGGUUUGACGGUGGCCAAUAUAUCAGCAACAACAUUCCCUCAAACAUUGGACUGGCUACAUGGAUAUCUUCUUCAGUGUAUUGAGCAAGGCAUUUCAUCAGAGUCCAAUGAAAAUGGUAGAACAUCAGCUUAAAAAUAGAUCAUAAGCAGAUAUUACCUUGAGCAGUGACAGCAUAUAUCCCUCUAAUACUUAUCCGAACUUUGAGGGGAACAAAACAGUAUGGAUGCUUUGAGCAGCCACGUAUUCUAAAUUUUAUGGAUGUUGGCCAGAUGCAUGUAAAUCAUAUGAGAAGACAUCGUUGGAGCCUCUUUACAAUCAAAAGUCGCAUUUGAUGUUUGAUCAUCUUUUUUGAUCAUCUUCAUCAUGCAACACUACCAUAAGCAAUUUCAACUUUUUGAGCUUCUUGGUGGUGGGCAAACAUGUAUUUUUACAUAUUUGAGAUGCCCCAUUUGACAGAACAAUUACAGGGAUUUUACAAAGAUGCCAGAAUUGUUGUGAUAAGUUAUAGUGACAAUAUUGUAAUGUUUACUUUUACUAAUAAACUGUGUUCUUUAUAUUAUAAUAUUAGCGAUUGUAAGUCUAAAAAAUGUGAGUUGUAUUGUUAAAAGCUUGCA